UGCCCGGCGGGGCUGGAAGCGGAGCAUCCUGUAGAGACACGAGAAGAAGUAUAAUGUCUCAGGAAGGUGAUUAUGGGAGAUGGACAAUAUCCAGCAGUGAUGAAAGUGAGGAGGAAAAGCCCAAACUCGACAAGCCAUCUACCUCUCUUCUCCAUGCUGAGCAGGGAGCAGCACAUGAGCCAAGGUACACCUGUUCCGAGGCUCGAAAAGCCGCCCACAAGAGGAAAAUGUCACCUGUAAAAUUCAGCAACACCGAUGCGGCUUCAGAAGUACUACCUCCCAAGAGGCAGAAGAGUGGUUCCCAGGAAGAGCUGGGUUGGUGUCUCUCCAGCAGUGACGAUGAGCUGCCACCAGAGACGCAGCAGAAGGUGGCUAAGAAAGUGACCGUCAAAGAGGAGAAAGGCGUCUCCUCUCUCAAAGACAGUGCUGCCCCAAAAGCUGGGAAUCAUGGCCCUCCUGCCCACCACGUGCUCACAGAGGACAAAGACGAGUAUGAAACAUCAGGGGAAGGCCAGGACAUUUGGGACAUGCUGGACAAAGGGAACCCCUUCCAAUUCUACCUCACUAGAGUCUCUGGGAUUAAGCCAAAGUAUAACUCGGGAGCCCUCCACAUCAAGGAUAUUUUAUCUCCUCUAUUUGGGACACUUGUAUCUUCAGCACAGUUUAACUACUGCUUCGAUGUGGACUGGCUCGUCAAACAGUACCCCCCAGAGUUCAGGAAGAAACCAAUCCUGCUUGUGCAUGGCGAUAAACGAGAAGCUAAGGCUCACUUACAUGCCGAGGCAAAGCCUUACGAAAACAUUUCCCUCUGCCAGGCAAAGUUGGAUAUUGCAUUUGGAACACACCACACGAAAAUGAUGCUCCUGCUGUAUGAAGAAGGCCUCCGAGUUGUCAUCCACACCUCCAACCUCAUCCACGCUGACUGGCACCAGAAGACGCAGGGAAUAUGGUUAAGCCCCUUGUACCCACGAAUUGCCCAUGGAACCCACCAGUCUGGAGAGUCGACAACACAUUUUAAAGCUGAUCUCAUCAGCUACUUGAUGGCUUAUAACGCUCCUCCUCUCAAGGAGUGGAUAGACAUCAUCCACGACCAUGAUCUCUCUCAAACAAACGUUUACCUCAUUGGAUCAACCCCAGGACGCUUUCAGGGGAGUCAAAAGGAUAACUGGGGACACUUUAGGCUUCGGAAGCUCCUGAAGGAGCACACCUCAUCCCUGCCCAGGGCCGAGUCUUGGCCCAUAGUGGGCCAGUUUUCAAGCAUUGGCUCCAUGGGGGCUGACGAAUCCAAAUGGUUGUGUUCUGAGUUCAAAGAGACCUUGGUGACCCUGGGGAAGGAAAGCAGCACCCCAGGGAAAAAUGCUGCUCCCCUCCAUUUGAUCUAUCCUUCUGUGGAAAAUGUGCGGACCAGCUUAGAAGGGUAUCCAGCUGGGGGCUCUCUUCCCUAUAGCAUCCAGACAGCGGAAAAACAGAAUUGGCUUCAUUCCUAUUUCCACAAAUGGUCAGCUGAGACAUCUGGCCGCAGCCAUGCCAUGCCACAUAUUAAGACAUACAUGAGACCCUCUCCAGACUUCAGUCAGAUCGCUUGGUUUCUGGUCACAAGCGCGAAUCUGUCCAAGGCGGCCUGGGGAGCCCUGGAGAAAAACGGCGCUCAGCUGAUGAUCCGUUCCUACGAGCUCGGGGUCCUCUUCCUCCCGUCAGCAUUUGGCCUGGACAGCUUCAGAGUGAAACAGAAAUUCUUCUCGGGCAGCCAGGAGCCAACGGCGUCCUUCCCUGUGCCGUACGACCUGCCCCCAGAGCGGUAUGGAAGUAAAGACCGACCGUGGAUUUGGAACAUUCCUUAUGUCAAAGCCCCAGAUACACACGGGAACAUGUGGGUCCCGUCCUGAGAGGGUGAAGCGCUGUGAGACUGAGUGUAAGACGGAGCCCCGAACACUGAUGGCCUUGUUUGUGCUGUGUUCACGUCCCUUAAAGCUUCUCUGCACCCUGGGAACUCCGCAAGGGCCACUCUUUGAACACGGGUAUUGGUUGUAGUUGUAGUGGUCAUUGCUAACA